ACUUUGCAAACAACAUAAUAAGCAUAUUUUCCAAUGUUGUAAUAUUCAAAGCUUGGGUUAUGUUAUAUGGGUUCUCAAUUCUUCAUUUUCCUUCUCCUUCUUGCUGUCCAAGGAAAAAUGGACAGAGAAACAAGCUUCGAUCAAAACUAUGAGGUUAUUUGGGGUGAUGAUCAUGUUGUCUUCUUAAACCAAGGGAAAGAAAUUCAGCUCACAAUGGAUAACUCUUCAGGAUCUGGAUUUGGAUCAAAGAUGGCAUAUGGAUCUGGAUUGUUUAAUAUGAGGAUCAAAGUACCAAACAGAAAUUCUGCUGGAGUUGUCACAGCUUAUUACUUAAGUUCAGAAGGAAGUAAGCAUGAUGAGUUGGAUUUUGAAUUCUUGGGCAACAGAGAAGGGAAGCCUUAUAGAUUACAAACCAAUGUAUUUGUAGAUGGCCAAGGGAAUAGAGAGCAAAGAAUUCGUCUUUGGUUUGACCCUACUGCAGAUUUUCACAAUUAUAGAAUUCUUUGGAACCAACAUCAAAUUGUAUUUUACGUGGAUAACGUGCCCAUUAGGGUAUUCAAGAACAAGACUAAUAUUGGGGUGGGAUACCCAUCAAAGGCAAUGCAGAUACAAGCAACUUUGUGGGAUGCAGAAAGCUGGGCAACAAAUGGAGGCAAAACCAAAACUGAUUGGCUUUAUGCACCAUUCAAAGCAAAUUUCCAAGGUUUUGAUGUCAGUGGCUGUCAAGUUUUAACCUCAAAUGCCAAAAAUUGUUCUUCUGAUAACUUCUGGUGGAAUAGGCAGAAGUUUUGGCACUUGGAUCCUGUAAGACUAAGUCAAUAUGAACGUAUCAAACAUAAGUAUACCACCUAUGAUUAUUGUACUGAUAGGAAACGAUACCCUCAGAUUCCCUUGGAGUGCCUCUAAUUAACUCAUGUAUAUGCUUCAAAAGAUUGAAUCAUCUACUGCUAUUGGAAUUGAAAUGGUAUAUCUUUUGAGUGAAUUU